GGGAGGCGCGUCUCCAUGUUAGCGUCUCGGAAACAGAAGAAACACAGACUGAACGAUUUAAAGUGACCUGAUGAUGAUGAUGAUGCUGAUGAUGAGGAGGAGGAGGAGGAAGGUGCAGCGCUGCAUCCUCUGACCCGGGUCGGUCUGGAUGGAGGAAGUGGUUCUUCACUACGCUGCUGGAUCAGCUGAUCGUCUCUCUGCUCUGUUAGAGACCACAGAGAAGCUUCUGGAGCCGUUCCCCUGCCGCCCCCCUCCCCUCUUCACCCGCUGGUUCCCCCCUACUGCAGGACGGCCCCUCCCCAUCAGACCCGCCAAACCUCCUCCUGUCAUCAGCGCCUCGGGUCAGACCCUCGCCCCCCCCCCACGGCCGGCAGCAGGACGGCCUAGCAGAGAGGACGGAGACAGUGUCAGCAUGUCAGAGACUCCCAGCCCAGCGUCCCUCUUUAGGACCAGCGGACCGGAUCCUGACAGAGUUCUGGUCCUGGACUCUCCGGUCAGACGGUCGUGGAGCGUUUCCUCUCAGAGAGCUGCAGCGCUGCGACGAUCACAGCCGCCAUCUAAACAGUUUGAUCACAUGAUCUCUGUCCAUCAACUCAACCUGAGACAGAGAGCCAAGUGGACCAUCAGCCAGAACCACUGUGAACCCAGCAUGGAACAGGUGUGGCGCUCUCUGACUCGUCUCAUCCGGAGCUGCAGGCUGCCGUCCUGUAACGCUAACAUUCAGCGGGAUCGGGGGCAGAUUUGGGUUUUCUGUGACGUUCUGCACUCGGAGCAGGUUGGACGUUUCCUGAAGGAGGAGCUGAAGCUGACGGGGAAGAUCAGACUGUCUGUUCACAGGCUGGGAAACGUCUUCAGCUUAUAGAAGACAGACUGGAAACAUCUUCAGCUUAUAGAAGACAGGCUGGAAACGUCUUCAGUUUAUAGAUGAGACAAAACUCACCUAAAUGACUGUUUUAUAAUGAAUUCACUGUGAUAUAUCGUCUGUUAUGAUCUCCAGAGGUUGAGUCCUGAUUUCUGGACAGAUUAGAUGACCUGAAACUCUUUAAUCACACAGCAAAACUCACUGAGAGUCAAAUAUUCUGCUUCAGCUUCUUAAAUGUGAUGAUAAAGCAGUUAUAGUUUGAAGAGUAGCUGUAAUAUCUGAUGUAUAAAUCAGUGCAGCUUCAACAACUAAUGUGAGAUAAAGUAGUAUAAAGUAGCAUCAACAACUACCUCAAACUGUACUUUAUUAAAUGUAUCUGUUAGUUUUUAUUUGACAUUUAAAUCUGAUAUUUUUAAUUAAUAUCUUAAAUAUAAAUCAGUGCAGGGCUGAAAACUUUAUAUAAUUUCCUUUGUUGAUAUUUUGGGCUUUAAAAUGUUUGAAAAUAGUAAAAAAAUAAAUCCAGUCUGAUGUCUUAAAAUGUCCAAAUAUCAUCAGUUUAGACUCAAAUAAGACGAAGAAGAGAAAAUCCUCUCUGAUGAAAAGUUGGAACAAAGUCUGCAGCUGAGUUUAAUUUAUUUUAUCAAUUAUUUGAUUUAUUUGUCAGAAAAACCUCAAAUAUAUUCAGUUUAUUGUUAAACCAAAACUAAAAGAAAGUAUAAAAUAUUCAUGUUUAAGAAGCUGAAUCAGCUUUAGAAAAGACUCAAAUAAAUAAAUAAUAAUUUAAGGAUAAAAUUAGUAAAUAAACUGAACAUGUGACACAUUGUAAUUGUUGCUGUUAUGACUCUUUUAGCCACUAGGAGGCGCUGACGUCACAAUACAUUCAGGAUUAUUUUAACGUUUGACAUGAUGCAGACUUUUAUUUUUAAAAUCAUUUAAACAUCAUCAGACGUUUAAUAUUUAUUAAAUAUAAAAGUUAUUCUGUGUUUUUAUCAAUUUAACACAAAGAGUUUAUUUAUGAAUGUGUCAAAACUCUGUGGUGUAAAUAAAGGUUUAAUGUAUUUUUAAUGAAGUGUGU